AUGAUGCAAUCCCGCGCCCUCGCCCUGUCCACCAAGCCGGGCGCACGCCUGCGAUACUCCACCCUCCCCGCAUCGCCUGAACACGGGCCCUUCUCCACCACGGUGCUCGUGUUCCUCAACGGCUUGCUGCUGCCCCGAUCCUCGUGGAUCGCCGCCAUCGAGACCCUUGUUGCGACCCGCUCGCGCCAGCAGCGGCCAGUCCCGCACCUUCUGACGUACGACCGCUAUGGCCAGGGCGACUCUGACCCGGAUCCUGCUGAUGAUCCGCGCUCGCUCUACGGCCAUGACGCAUCCGCAGUCGUCACUGACCUGCAUCGCUUCUUGGUAGAGGCCUGCCAUGCUGCCUUGGCCGCGACCCUGGACGACAUGUCGGUGGUGUUCGUCGCCAAUUCCAUCGGGUGCCCUCUUGCGCGCCUCUACGCCGCAGAACACCCCGGCCGCGUUGCCGCCUACUUGUUUCUCGACUCCAUGAUGGCCAACACCGACUUCGUGUCGCUUUUCCCCGAUCCAGAUGUCCCAGCCAGCCUCCCUGCUGGAAUCACCGUUGACGACCUUCGCAAGGCGAGGGAAGGGUACAGGCGCAUGUUCCAUCCGACAGUCCCUAAUCCAGAGCAUUUCGACAGACGCAACCUCCCAGCCCUGCUGCCGGAAGCAGGCAGGCCUCAGUUGCCCGCCGGUCCCAAGAGCGAAGAUCCGUAUCUGAUCAUUGUAGGCCACGAUCCAGACGAGUUUGCGGAGCAGGGCGAGACGGGAAGCCUGCACGUGCCCAAGGCACUGACAAACGCUUACAUCAAUCCUCCUUGGCAGGCCUAUAACAAUGAGCUGGUCCAACUUGCCCCCGACGACGGUCGCGUGAAAAGACCGGUGAUUGCUGACAAAUGCGGCCACUUCAUUCAAAGAGAUGGCCCCGAGUUUGUCGCCGAACAGCUUGGGGAAUUGUUGGACAGACUUGGGUGA